CUUGGUGGCAUGCAGCAUAUGAUCAGUGUGUGUGGGGUAGCAUCAUCUGGCAUGCUAGAUGUAUGGACUGAAUAGUAUCCACCCAAUGAGCAUAAAUACCAUAUCAGGGUGUGGUUGGGAGUUUUAUAGUGAUCCAUCCAAUAAUAAGUAGGAUUUGGUUCCAAAUAAAGAAAUUAGAGAGAGCUAGGCCAGACUGAUGAUGAGUAGCAAAGGUAAUUAUUUGAGAAAGAGCAAAACCUUUUUGGUGCAGAAGAACCAAAGCAGCUCGAUGGGCGUAGAAUCCGGAGGAGGAAGAGAAAAUAAUAGUAACAGUGAUGUUAAUAAGAUUGAGCAAAAGGCGGAGGCGCGGGUGGAAUUAUUGCCGGUGUCCCCUCAGCUGAUGUACGGGGAAGAGAUGGUCCAUUUUAGCCAUCCUCGACACCGGCUGUCCAGGAUGUGCCUUCCUGACCUGUUUACGUGCAGUGGGUGUAAAGAGUACGGCGCCGGCAACAGAUUCAGUUGCCAACAAUGUGAUUUCCAGCUCCACGACUUCUGCGCCUUCUCUCCUCCCGCCCUUAAGGCCCAUCCCUUCCAUUCCUACCAUCAGCUUCUUUUUUACUCCAAGCCAGUGAAAGGUGGCAUCAUGCAGUCCAAGUGCGAGAUUUGCGCGAAGCCAAUAAAAGGAUUUUCGUUCCGAUGCGGGGUGUGCAGCUUCCAGAUGCAUCCCUGCUGCGCGAUGCUAUCCUGGGAAAUGAAGAUCCCGUCGAUGCACCCACACACGCUGAAGAUGGUGGGAGCUACAACGAUAUCAUCAACAUCUUCAUCAACCGUACAAUUAGUCGAUCAUCAUCAAGCCAGCUGUGGGGAAUGCAAGAAGCGGAGGUCCGGGAGGGUGUACCGUUGCACGGUUUGCGAGUAUCAGGUGCAUGCAGUGUGCGCAAAGAGCGUGAAAAAUGGCCUCCGUGACAACGGGCACAAUGGAGCCGAGAAGCCUAGCGUGCUGGGAACCGCCGCUAGACUGGCUUCCCAGGUAGUGGUUGAGUUCUUGGGAGGAAUCAUAGAGGGCCUCGGAGAAGGGGUUGGGGAAGCUUUCGUCCAGAAUAUCAAUGGCAAGGCCGCCCCCUCACCCCUUCGUCAUCGUUAAUUUAAUUACCUCUCUCCGAUCCAUAUCCAAAUUAAAUUAAUCACGGGCGCAUACAAUAUGAUAUACAUACAUACAUACAUACAUACAUACAUACAUACAGAUAUUUCCCCCAAUUCUCUCUUCUACCUUAAUUAAUUCACGUACUCCAUCCUCUUUCCAUUCCUUCCCUAUUUUUACUAUUACUUAUUAAUUAUUUUUUUUGUAUGAAUGACAUGGACCACAAAAAUAUGGGUGCUCUCUACAAACUACCAAGAAAGUAUUGUAUUAAUUAGUUGUUGGUGGUGUUAUUUCCUUUGCAAUUUCCUCUUCAUUUUAAUUUCCAUAUGUAUGAGUACUGAAGAGUAUUCCAAGUAGUAUAGUUGUGUUCUGUAAUCAAUAUGUAAAUUAUAACUUCCUUUGAAAGUUUCAAUAUCUAGUAACAUCGCUUUCUUUUA